AUGGGAGGAACUGAGGAUGAUGGCGGAGACUCUUUGUGUAAAAUAUGCAAACACGAAGUAAAAGACAAUGAACAUGGUCUUUUAUGUGAAGGAAAAUGCCAAUCUUGGUAUCACAUAACUUGUCUGGGUAUUACUAGUCAGCUAUAUAAAAAAAUGUAUGGAGAAAUUCUGAAGAUCCUUAUUUGGAUGUGCCCUUCUUGUAAGAAACAGCUUAAGCAAUUAAUGGAACUGGAGACCUGUGCUGAUAAGAUGAAGACUCUUUGUGACAAAUUUGCAAAUAUUGAAGGAAAAGUUAAUAGCAUAUCCGAAAGUAUGAAGAAGUCCUUUUCAAAGCCUACAUAUUCACAAGUUGCAAUCUGUAACAAGCAGUUUUCCGUGGCAAAACCUGUAAAUCUGCCCAACUUGAUAAUUAAGCCAAAAAACAAGAAGCAAGAUUUGCAAAAAUCCAAGCAAGAUAUUGAAAAAAUCAAACCAGUGGACAUUGGAGUUAGAAUUAAUACUAAAAAGGAGCUAUCAAAUGGAAAAAUCCUUCUAAAAUUUCCAUCGGAAUCUGACAUGGAGAAGAUGAGAGAUACUGCUACAAAAGUUUUAGGAAAAAAUUACGAAAUUAUUCAAACUACAUUAAGGAAUCCUCAGAUAAGAAUCCCUGGAUUUGUACAGGAUUGUAGUGAAAACACUGUAGAAUCCAUAAUAAAGAAGCAAAAUCCAUUUAUAGGUGAAGAACACUUUAAAGUCACAUAUAUAAAAUCUUUUAAAACAAAAAAAUAUAAGACUGUAUAUGCAGAGUGUUCCCCUAAGUUGUUUCACUUACUUAUGGAAAGAAAGAAAAUUUACAUGGGAUGGGAGAGAUUUCCAGUAUAUGAAAAUAUAAGUAUACUUAAGUGCUUUAAGUGUCAGCAGUUUAAUCACAAAUUUAAUGACUGUCCCAACAAACCAGUCUGUUGCAAUUGUGCUGGAGAACAUGAUACGAAAGAGUGUGUAAGCCGGAAUCAAAAACCAAAGUGCAAAAAUUGUGAAAGUGCAAAUAAAAAAUACUCAACAGGCUAUGACAUCUACCACAAGGCAAAUGAUGAGGAAUGCUCUACAUACAAAUAUCGUCUGGACAGUGCAAGAUCGAGAAUCAACUAUGGCUGA